CUGCCGUGUCAGCGAGGCAGCGCCCGCCGGGCUGCACUGUGCGCGCCGACUGCGCCUGUUGCUGGGGACGGGCCCUCCGCUGCAGCCGCGGCAGAGCAGGGAGUGCAAGGCACAAGGCGCGCCGCGGCCGUCCGCCGCCCCCCGCCCUUGCCUGCCGCAGCGGUGGCCGCGCAGCGGCUCUGCCCGCGGGCGAGCGGCUCCUCGGGGCUCCGGCGGGGUGGGAGCGGGCGGCGGCGGCUUGGCCGUGCCUGCGCUGCGGGCUGUGGCGAGCGGCGCCGCGCCGCCGGUUGUGCGGGCGGGUGGGUAAAUGGAUCGCCAUUCCAGCUACAUCUUCAUCUGGCUGCAACUGGAGCUGUGCGCCAUGGCCGUCCUGCUCACCAGAGGUGAAAUCAGAUGCUACUGUGAUGCUGCACACUGUGUUGCAACUGGCUAUAUGUGCAAAUCUGAGCUUAGCGCCUGCUUCUCCAGACUGCUUGAUCCUCAGAAUACACAUUCCCCACUUACUCAUGGCUGCUUGGACUCUAUUGCAAGCACAGCUGAUAUCUGCCAAGCUAAACAAGCACAAAACCACUCUGGCACCACCACCAUGUCCACAUUGGAAUGCUGUCAUGAAGAUAUGUGCAAUUACAGAGGACUACAUGAUGUUUUGUCUCCUUCCAGGGGUGAUACUUCAGGACAAGGGAGCAGAUAUCAACAUGACAACAGCAGGAAUCUCAUCACCAAGGUGCAGGAAUUGACCUCUUCGAAAGAGUUAUGGUUCAGGGCAGCUGUAAUAGCUGUCCCUAUAGCUGGUGGGCUAAUCUUGGUGCUCCUUAUCAUGCUGGCCUUGCGGAUGCUCAGGAGUGAAAACAAGAGACUGCAAGAUCAACGACAGCAAAUGCUCUCCCGUUUGCACUAUAGUUUUCAUGGACAUCAUUCGAAAAAAGGGCAGGUGGCAAAACUGGACUUGGAAUGCAUGGUGCCUGUGACUGGUCACGAGAACUGCUGCAUGACCUGUGAUAAAAUGAGACAUUCAGACCUCAGCAAUGACAAAAUUCUUUCACUAGUCCACUGGGGAAUGUACAGCGGACAUGGAAAGCUGGAAUUUGUAUGACCAAUUAUUUUUUUAAUCUGAGCUAAACUUACUCUCUGAACUCUUGAAGGCCUUUGGGUUCUGCUGGACAGGAGCACUUUAUCUUAAAACAGAAACUCUCAUAAAUCAUCUUUGAGAAACAAAGGACCUCUGCAGACAGAUCUUGGAUAUUUCUUCUGAAGGAUUCCACAAGUUGUCUUAUUUGCACAGAGUAAAAUACACUCAAAUGUAUUGUUUGCUUUAAAGUUAUGAAAGCAAAAAUUAGAAGUUGUAAACACUGUCACCAGGGUUAUCUGAACUGUAGGGAGCUGAGAACUGACUUAUUAUAAUAAACUGUAUGCAAGCUCCUAUGUUUCCUGACUUAUUGUAAAGAUUUUUUUUAAAUAUAUAUAUUUUGUCUGAAA